AUGCAUGGCUUAAUCUUUGAGACAAGCAUAUGCUACUGGCAGGAUCAACCAGGUAGGAGCGCGGUGAGCCAGAGACAGCCCGCGCCCCCGAGGAGGGGCGCGGCACAAGGUCUCCCGGUGGGCCGGACGUGCCGAGCACGGGGAGGCACACGCGGCGGUGGCGGCGGCGGCGGCAACCCCCCCACGGAGCGCAGGAGCCCGCGGGGGGCGGGGGAGCGGGAAGACGCUCCCCACUCGCCACGGCCCAACCCCCACCCGCAACGGCGAGCGAGGCUGACUGCCCGGGCCCCGCCACCGCGGACGAGGGCACACCGGCGGCGGCGCCGAGAGGCGAGGGACGAUCCGACCCCCCACACACCGGGCCGGCCCCGGUGGCGGCGCGCGGGCGGGGCCGGGGCACCGGUCGGCCACGCCGGGGCCGGGGCGGGCCAGCGCGCGCUCCCGCAGAGCAAGGGGAAGCCGGGCCGGAACCCGACACCCCCCCCACCACCGGCGGAGGCAGCGCGCGGCCGCAACGGCCACGGCGGACGGCCGGGACCCGACCCACGCCCGGGCACGCGCGCCGGAGCCGGGGGCGCACGGCGUAGGGCGGGGCGGAGCCGUCCCCCGUCCGCACACGACACCACCGCCGGGCCGGCGGCGGCAGACACGGAUGGGAGGCCGCAACGGGCCGGAGAAGCACCAGCGCACCGGGGCGCGGCACCGGGCCGACAGGCAGACGGGGGCGGGGGGGAGGCCGCGAGACAACGGCUCCGCGGCAAGGGGCGUGGGCGCCAGAAACCGGAGCAGCCGCGGGGGAAGAGGACCGCGGGCCGCCGCGAGGGAGCGCAAGAGCUCCUCAAAAGGCGCCUUCCAAGGCCCGAGGUCGGCCGCCGGGGCACACGGGGUCCCACCGCCCAAGGCCUCCAGCACAAGGGCGGUCCCGUGGCACCCGAGGACACAGACCCGGGCCCCAGCGGGCCCUGGCCACCUCGCGGGGCCCGGGCCCCCGGCCACCACGCCACAGUCACGACCGACACCCAACGGGACGCUCUCCCGCGCGCACGACGACACCCCUCCGUGCCCCACUCGAAUGGACCCGCGCAAACCCCUCCUUCUCACCCGGGGCCAAGGCCCCUUCGCCCGGGGACGACCCCCCCCCAAGGGCCGCUAGAGGCCUGGGAGGGGACAACACCCAACAGCGGCGAGGCCGGUUUCGGUCCCGAGGAAGCGGAUCAAGGGCACAGCGCGCCCUCACCCGUCCAGGCAAGCCAGGGACAAGGUAAACGUGCACGGGAUCCCACCGCCACCAGCACGAGAGCGGUCCCGCGACGCCCGGGGACGCCGGCCGGCCUCAGCACCCUUGGCGCGCCUCCCCACCGCGAACCGGGCCCCACACCGCUGGGGCCCAACCCCACGGGGGCCCCGCCGCAGGGGGCCCGUCUGAACCCUCAACCCGUCCGUCUGGUCCGUCCCGGAACCACGACCCGGGGGAAGCGCCCCCAGGCGAGAGCGGCCCGACCCGUGCCCACACGUCACCGCCGGCGGCGACUCGGCCCGGGAGCGGGCACAGCAGACAGCCGCUCGCACGGCACAGGGCAGGAGAUGCACGACCGCGAGGGAGUGGCCGCGCGCGCACUCGCACGCACACGGGAGCCCCACGCGCCAGACGCCGGCCAGGCCCGGCGGGAUCCUCCCCCGACUGGGAGGGGGGAGGCGCAGGCCGCGGUAGGCAAGAGAGCGACGCUCGGCCCCACCGCGGGGCCGGCAGACCCCUCGCGGAGAGGGGGCUCUGCCCAACACGCAACGGUAGCGGUGGCCACUACGCGCAGAGGAGGGGCGGCGGCUGGGGGUUCCGGUACCCCAAGGCACCCUCUCGGAUCGCUAGAGAAGGCUUUCUCACCGAGGGCGCAUCGCCCCCACCCAUUCGUCCCCCCGACCGAGCCCCGCGAAAGGGCGUCCCAGAGGCCUCCAAGGGCCUGGGGGCAGGGGUGGGUCCGCGGUAAGGGGCAGGCACAGGGCAAUCCUGAGCGCGCGCGGCCAGGGCCCGACAAGGGGGCCGCCUUUGCCUCUCCACACAGGCCAUGCUCCCAUCACCGCCCGGAAGGAACCUCGUGCCUCCACCGGGGCCACGAGAGGAGCGGAGACGGACACGGCAUGCUGGGCAAAAAAAGCAGCAGCCCUCGGCUGGCCAAGCGCCACAGCGCUGGCUCGGCCCGGCGCGGUCGCUCACACACCCCACCAAGUCCUGUCCACACACACCCCCCAGCACGACGCGCGCCAGGGGACGACGAGGCGCCCGCACCCCCACAGAGGGGGGCAGGGUGGGCCUCCCUUACCGGCUCCACCACCCGCUCUUCGGACAUGCCACUGACAGCAGCAGCUCAACGGGGUCGCUGGGAACGGGAAACGACGCCACCGCUCGGCCUCAGGCACCUGAGACAACCUGGAGCGCUCCAGGGGCACCACAGAGGGCCAGGUGCCACGCACUCAGCACGCCCAGGCGGUGAGCAGCGCGGCAUGGGGACGGCCCUCCCCGCCUCGGGGAGGGCCGCUCGCCCCGCAGGAAGCCAAGAGCGGCAAGCGAGAGUGUCCGCUGCGUCAGAGGACCCCACGCCCAUGGGCGCCCUGAGGCGGGAACCAUGGAAAAGUGGAGCCCGGCCCAGGAGAACACGACAUCACCACAUCGAUCAGCAAAAAGCGUGCCCAAGGGGGCCCCAGGGGGGGAAACGCCUGGCGAGGACACCGACCAGAAGGACCUGCUUUCGGCCUCGCCAGCACCCCUCGGACCCAGGGCAAGAACAGCCGGGCAACCCAGGGAGAACGCCUGACACGUGGCAUAGAGCCUUGCGGAAUGGAACGGGGGUUACCACGGCCGCGGCCGGGUGCCUGCAGCGCAGAGCGCACGGGGUAAAGGACCCACGCCACCUGCCCACGCAGCCCUCGGGUGCUGGAGACCGGAGGUGGCACCACAGCCCGGGCCACCUGGGGGGCACAAGAGCCGGCGCACAGGCCCACGCGGACGGCUCAAACGAGCGAGGGCCGAGCCGGAUUUGGCACCACGGCCAAGCCCGGAGCCCCGCACGCACCCAGAAGCCCACAUCUCCAAGGCGAGUCACUCCAACAGCGUGUCAGCACCUACCUGGCAACAAAAAGUGCUCCUUUCAGGGGACAAAAUAG